GACACGGAGAGACAGAGAGAGUCGGCACAAACAGCAGAAAGGCCGCAUCGCCACUGAGUUUUGUUACGUGUGCAAGCCUUGUGCAAUAAUGUGCAACACACAGCAGCGGCGUUGCGCCUGCGUGUGUGCAGAUUAGCGCUCUGGAUUCUGUUAACGCACCGACGUCGACCCCACCUCUAUUUUUCAAUUUUUUUUUAUUUUCCUCUUGACUUUGUAGCGGGGCGGGGAGGAAAGAAAGUAGCAAUGAGUGAGGUCAGCAGCAACAGCAGCAGCAUAGCAUGAGUCAACCUUGGGGAUGUAUGCAGUCAUCGCUAUCAGCGCCGCAGCUCGGCAUUGUGCUGGCCACGCAGAGUUGCGUGUGUGUGCGAUCCUGCGGGCUGGUGGCAGCUUCCAUGACAAGCACAGGUGUUGCCCAUGAAUAAGAAGAACCCGUGGGCUCCUUCAGAUCUACUCACCCCAGGCCACCGACCCCUUAAAGGGUCACAAAGACCUUCAAGAUUAUCUUGGCUGACUUUGCUCCUGCUCACGCUGAUGUCAGUGUAGUUUUUAUGGCUUUAUCUCGCUUUGGAUAUGCUUUUAUUUCUGGACUAAUCAAGUGACACCAGGUGGAGCUUUAGUAGUAGCUGGCUUGGUUGAAUAUAUUCACUCGGCUCUUAUUAUUCAUGCCCGUCAUGAGCGUGCCAGCCCAGCAGAAAACCAACUCUAAAAGAACGGGCAAACGCAUCACGUUUUUUAACGAUCAAACCGUAGCAAUGAAAGAGACAUCUCAGCACCCUGAAGGGACAUAUUACGUCUCGGGUGCCACUGCCGCAGACCAUGGACAGAGUGAGGCUGCAAGUACUGUGACUUCCAAUCCAGAGGGGCCUCACAUGUUCCUCAGCUCUGUCAUCUUCAGCCCAGAUAAAGGUGACCAGAGCAGGGGUCAUUUUCAACAGACUGUUCCUAUGAAGUGGAGCCAUCAGGAGCCCACUCAGCAGCAGCCGUUAGUGUCCCAGCAGCAGAGAGUGGCAUCCUGGACCCCCAUGAAUAACUGGGGACAGAACUUUGCGAAUUACAUUGGAGGAGUUAACGUAACAGACUCAAGGAUCCAGAAUGCAUUUGCUAAGUCAAUGCAUGAGACCGCUGGUUCUCAACAACCCUCAAACAGAGGUACAGAUAAGCAGCCCCUGGGAGCUGGCCCUGCAGUAGACUCUUUCAGGGAUGCAGGUAAGGCUCGGGGUAUUGACUGGGAGCAGCAGCAGCAGCAGCAGCAGCAGCAACAGCUACAGCAACAGCAACAGCAACAACAACCACCGUCCCAGGCUUUUCAGGAGUCCUUAAAACCUGGGGCACUGAACGCCCAACAGCACAACGCAUCCCACGCAGGAGGAAGCUCAGUUUUGCAGCCCUUCCAGUUGGCAUUUGGUCAGCCAAAGCAGCACCUGCCAGCCUACUACCAAACCUUUCAAGGAAACAGGACAACUCUACCCAACCCUCCCAGCUACUCAACACAGGCCAAACCCCCACACCAGUCACAGCAGCUGCAGAAGCAAGAGCAAAUACAACGCCAGCAACAUCACAUAAUCCAGCAACAGAUUCAGCAACAACAUAAUCAACAAAUGCAACAACAACAACAAAUAAUUCAGCAUCAACAGCACGUACAACAACUACAACAACAGCAGCAGCAACAAAUACAGCAAGAGCAGCAACAACAAAAGAUUCAGCAACAACAGCAGCAGCAGCAGCAGCUCCAUAUUCAGCAACAAAUGCAACAUCAGCAGUUGCAACAACAAAACCCUCAUGUGCUUGACUAUUACCCAGGUGCACAAAAUGCACACCCUCACCCACACCCACAGCCUGUAGUUGUGCACUCCCAAGAGUCCUCCGCUUCUGCUCCCCCAAAGAUCCAGGAACCAGUCAUCCAGGACAUCACCCCAGAACCACAGCAGUCAUCAGAUCCCCUGCAGCCACCUCUCCUGUCUGAGGCCCAGUCCCAAUCGCAGCUGCAGACACAGAUCCACUCCCAAACACAGCUUCGCAGAUCACGACGGCUCUCCAAGGAAGGAGGGGCGCCAUCCGAAAACCCCUUUCUCGCCGUCUCUGCAGACCAGACAGCCCCGUUGCUGCAGGUCUCACAAAACGGGGCGUGUGACAUCCAGGCCGCCCCAACGGGCGUCAUCCAGAGCACACGCAGGAAACGCAGGGUGUCCCAGGAGGUCAACCUGGAGACCCUUGCUCAGAAGGCCUCGGAAAUGGAGUCACUACCAUCACAUAUUGUCAAGGAUCCUCACAGGCCAUGGAGUCCCACUGAGUCCGAGGGCCUGACCGCCAAACGGCAUCGAGACGACAACCUCCUGCCGCUCGUCAUCCCCGUGUCUGUCCCGGUCCGUAGGCCGGAACCAUCCUCACCGGACAGAGAUGAAGCAGCACUGGCCUCCGGCUGGACCCCGAGGCCCUCGAACCCCCAGGACCCCGGUCAUGCAGACCACAAACCCUCGGUCAUUGUCAGCCGGAGGCGCUCACUCAGGAACUCUGUGUCGGAUAGUGCAGAGCAGAAUGGCGGCACAGAUGGGGAGAAAGAAGAGGACGGCAAGAAGUCCAAGCGGCGUCCCAGACCUGAGCCUCUCUUCAUCCCGCCGCCUAAACCUGGCUUAUUUAUUGCUCCGCCCGUCUACUCCAGCAUCACGCCGUAUCAGAGCCACCUGCGCUCGCCCGUGCGUCUGGCCGACAACCCCCUCACCAUGCCCCCCUACACACCUCCACCUAUCCUCAGCCCUGUCCGCGAAGGCUCCGGCCUCUACUUCUCCACUUUCCUGUCGUCGGCUGCUGCUGCAGCCAGCGGUCAGGGUCUGCCUCCUCCUGCGACACCCAAGUCUGCCUCACGCAGCCUGUUGCGUUCCAGCAGCUGUGACAUCACACCGCCGGUUCUGUCUGCGAUAUGCGAGGUCACUCCUGUCAGCAUCGAGCCGCGGAUAAACAUUGGGUCACGGUACCAGGCGGAGGUGCCAGAGCUGAGGCAGCGGUCAUCUGUCGAGCUGGAUCAUUAUAACGCUGAUCUGGUCUGGGCUCCGCUGAGCGAGCUGGAGGAAAAAACAGACUUCCAUGAGAAAGUGCAAAACCUUAUGCACCUGGCCUGCUCCAGCGCUCUGUGUGGAGGAGGCACCAACCAGGAGUUAGCCCACCAUUGUCUGUAUGAAUGCAAAGGUGACAUAAUGGCUGCUCUGGCGUUCCUGAUGCUGAGGAAUCCAAUUUUCCCAAAGUCUCACAAUCUGUCAAACUACCACUACUCAGGAUCAGACAGCUGGACAGCAGCUGAGAGACGCCAGUUCAACAAAGGCAUCAGUGCGUACAAGAAGGACUUCUUCAUGGUGCAGAAACAGGUGACCACCAAAACAGUGGCACAGUGUGUGGAGUUUUACUACACAUACAAGAAACACGUCAAGAUGGGCCGCAGCGGGACUCUGAUCUACGGGGAUGCGGAGCCUUUGGAGAGCAGGACCACAGAGGAGGAAAUGAACCAUAAGGUCUCUCACCGACUGGAGCCGCAGCGGGAGGAGGACAGCAGGAAGUGGGAAGGGUCAGCUGACAGGAAACAGGAUGUCAGCUCCACCAGGGCGACGCACACGCUGCAGUCCUCUGAGAACCCUGGGACUGUGAUGAUCAUGAAAGGCCAGGAGGACAUCAGGAGAGACCAGCCGAUGUCCCGGGUCAUCCACCCCCCUCAUCCUCCUCCUCCUCCUCCCACCUCCAGGUCUCGCCAGGAGGACAACCAACGUCGGACGACCCCUUCAGUGGCCAAUAAGGGCUCCGUUGCUCAGGAGGGAGAGUUCCCCUGCAAGAAGUGUGGCAGGGUUUUCUAUAAAGUCAAGAGCCGCAGCGCUCACAUGAAGAGCCACGCUGAGCAGGAGAAGAAGGCCGCCGCGUUGCGCCAGAAAGAGGCCGAGGAACGAGCUGUAGCGAAGGCCGCCGCCGAGGCCGCCGCCCUCCUGUCCGCCCGGCAGCAGAACGGGAUGCGACAGGUGGGCGGGGACAGCACCAACGACGACUCGUCAGACAAGGAGGACGAGGACGAUGAGGACUGGCAGUGAGAAAGAGGAAGGCUGCGCACUCUUGACUGUCAUGUUCUCUGGGACGGGGGGAGAAAAAGGAGACUUUCCUUGUUUGGCACAUUCAGGGACAGAUUUACUUCUGCGUAUGUGUUUGAGUGUGAAUGUGUGGAGUGUAUGGAAGUGUGUGUGUGUGUGUGUGUGUUUCUUACCACAGACCCUUUACUCUGUUUCAAAAGCUUUUUCUGGAGUUACCUCUCUUGGUUACAGGGCUCAAUCGCAUCAAAGCCAUGCAGCUCCUUCCUCUCUGCGCUGGCCUCCUCUCCACGCCGGGCCGCAGCCUUCCUCAGCACUUUGAGUCUCGCCCUGCUUCCUUCAGGCACAGAACUUGUAGACCCUCCUUUUUUUCUCCCCCCCUCCACCUCUUGGUGAGACAUGGCACACGCUGUCUUGGCAUCUGUGGAAGUUCUGAUGACACAAAGUCUAAUAAUGUGACAGCUGACGGUGGCGAGGUGAAAGAAAAGAGGUUUCCCGAUGUCAGUUUCUCUGCACUUGCGUCGUACGGAUGGAUGGAAGGAUGUCACGUACAAAGACCGAUGCAUCUGUGUCGCCGCUCUCUCUCUCUCCCCUCUGCUGCACCAGAGGCUGCUGAAAACUCUCUCAGAUGCAUGACGUGCACCGAAUGGUUCUCCUCUCUUUUUGUGAGUCGCUGGUUUGGGCUUCAGUUCUGUGAAUCUCCUCCCCCUUCAGCCCUCGUCACUUUCUACUACUCGCAGUUUGUUCGUCACGUUUGAUGCCUUGGAUGUUUUGAUGAUUUUUAUCCUGAAGUGACAAUCAAUUUUACACUGUUUUUGUUGCUGUUGUCAAUUUUAUAUAAAUAUAUAUAUAUAUAUAUAUAUAUAUAUAUAUAUAUAUAUAAUAUAUACAGGUAAAUGUUGCUUUUUCCUGCCUGUGUAGCUAUAUAUGGUUAUUGUUGUUUUCUGUGAAUAUUCUUCUUGAUUAUUAUUAUAAUAAUUAUUAUUAUUAUUAUUAUUAUCAUUAUUAUUAUAUCUUGUUUUGACUGCAGUUUAAUUGAGCGCUUUCUUCCUGUGCUUGUCAAUACUUUUUUUUUUAUUUAAACAAAAAUCAAAAAUAGUGCUACUUGCUGCCUGUUUAUAAAUGUGAGAUUUCCUUUGGAAGCCUGGAAGUGAAGAAAAGGCAGAAGUGUAUGUGCAAUAGAACAGUCUACGCCCUCCCCUCCCCAUGUUACUCGAGCUCUCCCACUCUCUCCUCUCACGGGUUUCUAUAGAUACACAUAACAAA